UUGAACCUAAUGUUUUAUUUAUUCUGUAGUGAAGUCGGUUUUACUGAUGCUGGAAAUUAUACUUGUAUUGUUACUAAUAAAUAUGGAACUGCAAAUGCAUCUGGAACUCUAACUGUCAAAGAACAUACAAAAAUCACAGCUGAACCAGAAGAUUAUGAGGUAGUUGCUGGAUCAAUGGCAACAUUUCAUUGCACAGCUACUGCCGAUCGUUCUUUACAUCUUAACAUUGACUGGUUAGCUAAAGAUGAGCCUAUUCAUUUUGACACUGAGCCUCGUUUUGUCAAAACUAAUGAUUAUUCCAUGACGAUAACUAAGACUAAUGAAUUAGACUCUGGAAUGUAUACAUGCUUAGCUAGAACAGAGUUAGAUCAGGCUACUGCUAGUGCUAUGCUUGUUGUACAAGACAAACCGAAUCCACCACAGUUACUAGGGAUCACUUGUAAUAAAAAAGAUACAGCUGUAAAGUGGCAACCAAAAGGAGAUAAUCGUUCACCUAUUUUACGUUACAUUAUUGAAUACAAUACCACCUUUGCUUCUGAUAGUUGGUCAGUUGCAUCAGAUAACGUUCCUGCAUCUGAUCAAACGUACAUUGUUUCAAUGACACCAUGGGCAAAUUUUACAUUUCGAGUAAUUGCCGUUAACAAAAUUGGUAGAUCACAACCAUCAUUACAUUCAGCGGUUUGCACAACACAACCUGAUGUACCAUACAAGAAUCCAGAAAACGUUGAGGCUGCUGGUACAGAACCUUCUAACCUUGUUAUUAGCUGGACGGUGAGUGUUAUUAUAAAUUAAAAUCCAUUUUACUAUGAUCUCACUAUUUCACAAAAAAAAAAAAA